AUGUAUUCUUUCUCUCUGUGUUCUUUCCGUAUGACCCUUACUCUGUUCUCAUUCAUUGACUUAGUCGUUCUUAUUUUUAUUCAACAACGUUGUUUGCCUUUUUACUUCAGCGUUAAUUCAUUCUUUCUUCUUCUUCGGCGUUUCUUUAUUCUUUCUUCUACUACUUUUCUUCAUUUUUAUUUAUUCGGCAUUACAUCUUCCACACUUCAUUAUUUUUUCUUCGGCCUGUCAUUUUUUCCUUCGGUCCCCCUUACUUUUUUUUUUUUUUCGGCGUUUCCUCAUUCUUUUUUUCUAGGGCGUUUCUUCAGCCGUUUUUAUUCGGCGUUUCCCUAUUCUUUCUUCUUCAAUAUCUCUUUGAUUUCUUCGGUUUUUCUUCGCUCUUUCUACCUUUUUGUUUUUUCCUGUCUUCUCUUUCAUUCACCCCUUUUUCUUAUGUCAAUAAUCAUUCCUAUUAUUUAUUUUUCAUUACUUCAUACAUUAUCAUUCUAUCGUUUAUUCAUCUCUUUUUUUUCCCUUUUUUUUUUUUUUUUUUAUUGUUCAUUCUUCCUUAUUGUUGCUUUCGUUUCCUCUUUAAUUUAUUCAAUGACACCGUUUCUAUUCAAAUGUCUCCAGUUUUUUAUUUUCAAUGAAUUGAAUUUCUGUGCUUCGAUUUUUCUUUCAUAUUCACUGUCAACUCUUUCACGUCUGUCCUUCUUCGCCGCUUUUUCUUAUCUAUCUCAUUCACUACCUCAUUUCCCCCUCUCAGUUGAUAUUUCUAACCAGAAAACAUAUACCCCCCCCCCAUAUGUGAAGCUGUCUCUAUUUCUUUCUCUUCGGCAUGAAAUGUUUGUAGCUUCUAUAUUUUUCCAUUUUUUACCCCCUUGCUCGUGUACAGAUUUCUACUGCCCAUCAUUAGAAAUUCGGCAUCCCAUUAACUAUCUAUCUAUCUAUCUAUCUAUCUAUCUACAGGUUUAG